AUGGGCGCACCACUAUCAAACGAUAACAAGUAUCUUAAAUACGUACCUCCACCAGAAAUUCGAUGCCAAAUAUAUGGCUAUAUCUUUGAGCCUGAUAGGGCUAGCAUUGUGUCACAGAGCGAGAGAAAGGUCGAAGGAAGCAGUCGAGAAGGCUCCGGCCUCAACUAUUUCAUUGACAACUACGGCCACGUAACUCGGUUACACCCCGCCCAGCCAUGCUUCAUGUCCCUUCCACGAGCGGGACCUGGCUUCAUAAUUGUUCCGAUUACCACUCCGAUCGCACAUUUCUCGACGCAGAUAGAGGAAGCGCUACUCAUCCUAUGCGGUCGGCAAGUUACCCUACAGGAGAUCGAGAGAGCAAGCGCCAAUGUGUCACGAUACAUGGUCUACCCACAGAGCUACGCGGACCAACAGACAGUGCGCUAA